CAAGCUGUGGGAAGGCCGCUAGGUCCUGCUCUCCCACGCGCGCGCUGGAAUGUUGAGAUGACUCGCGCCAAAACGGACUGGCAUCGAAGCAGCAGCACGAGGCUGUAGAGAUGAGCGACGACGAGCAAAGCAAGCAGCCGUUUUCACACGGCGCCUCACCUAUGAGGGGUGAAGGGGGCAAAAAACAGCCACGAAUGCCGAAAUGCUCCCGCUGCAGGAACCACGGCUUCGUCUCGCCUCUGAAGGGCCACAAGCGCUUCUGUAACUGGCGGGAUUGUCAGUGCCAGAAGUGCAAACUGAUAGCGGAGCGCCAGCGCGUCAUGGCGGCUCAGGUGGCCCUCAGGCGUCAGCAGGCUCAGGAGGAGGAGAUGGGCAUCUGCACUCCAGUCAACCUGUCGGAUCCGGACAUUGUGGUGAAGAAUGAGCCUGGAAGUGAUUAUGGCUUUGCAGUGGGAACGAGAUCACCUUCAUCCACCAGCACUGGAUCUGCUUCUUCUCCCGCUGCUUCUGGGAGUCGCUCUUCAUUGUCGCAGAGCCCCACUGCAGCCAGCAGGGGACACUCUGAGGGCUCUGCUGACAUGAUGGUGGAUGCCUCCUACUACAACUUUUAUCAGCCUUCCCGAUACCCAGCGUACUACAGCAAUCUCUACAAUUAUCAACAGUACCAGCAGAUGCCCAGUGGAGAUAGCCGCCUGUCCAGCCACAACAUGUCCCAGCAAUACCGUAUGCACUCCUACUAUUCUGCAGCUUCCUAUCUUAGUCAGGGCCUGGGCACUUCUACCUGCAUGCCCCCCAUUUUCACCAUGGAGGACAAUAACAUCUGCCCUGAGGCCAAAACUGCAGCUUUCUCUGAUGAUGGCGUUCCUGACACCAGCUUAGCCUGCAUGCCCAUCAGCCCUAUGGGGAGUGCUGAGAACAAGGCAGAAUGUGAGCCCAACUCUGACUCUGGAGCAUUUACUGUGGACUCCAUCAUAGAGGGAGCUGCCAAGUAAAAGUCUCAGAGAAUAUACCAGCUGCACUUGACUUAUCUCAUGGCACUAGGGUAUUAAGGCCAUGUUUUUUCUCUCUCACAAGAUCAGCAUUAUAUGCUAAAUAAGUUGUGACCAUCAAGUUUAGAUUUUCAUUAUAAUUUGUUUCAGUUCGA